AAUAAGUUAAACUUGUUACUAUAGUAUUAGAAUUUAUUUAAAACUAGACUAAUUAGACUUAGAAAUUUGUUAAGUUGGUUAAUAAGUUAAAUUUGUAACUAUUGUGUUAGUGCUUGACAAAUUUAAUUUAUGAUUCUUAUGUAGAUGGAUCGUAGUUGGAUGUAUAAUAUGACUAAUUUUGGUCGAAUGGGGCUAAGACCUGAAUUUGUAGAAGGUGUCAUUGGUUUUGUGGAGUAUGCAAAGACAUUAGAUCCUUUUCAACGUAGUGGUAUGAUUAAGUGUCCUUGUAAUAAAUGUCAAUGUUUGAAUUAUGAAAAACCAGAUGCUAUUGAGCUUCAUAUCUAUCGAAAUGGGUUUAAAAAAGAAUACACUGUGUGUACUAGUCAUGGAGAAAUUGAUAAUAACUUUGAUGUAUUCCAACAUUAUGUUCCUGGUGAAAGUAGUAGCAAUGUGAAUUCUAAUGCACAAAAUUAUAGAAUUGAUGACAUGGUUCAAGAUGCUUUUGGUGUGCAUUCUGAUUUUGAUUUUGCUAAUCAAGGUGAAGAAGCUCCUAAUGUUGAAUGUAAAAUUUUCUUUGAACAAUUGGAAUCUGCUAGUCGGCCUUUAUAUGAGGGGAGUCCACACUCACAGUUGGAUCCAAGAUUUAAGCAGAUGAGUGAGAUCGGUAAAAAGGCAAGAUCAUCUACUAAGGGUGGUUCUCUACACACAAGUGGGGCUCAAAGUCAAGGAAGUGUGAGGAGGAAAUUGGAAAAGGAACUAGGAAGACCGAUAACUCAAGCUGAGGCAUUUAAGGCAACACACAUUAGAAAGAAGAAAAAUCCUGAAGAUCCAGACGUGUGGGUUGAACCGCGAGCUGAAGUGACCUAUAAUCGAUAUCUUCAAGCUUUGGAGGAUUUACAACAAACUCUGCCGGAAGAAAAUCGAGGUAUGCCACUUACUCAAGAACAGGAUGAGAGAGUUUGGUUAGACUUGACUUGUGGGCCGAGUAGAUAUGGGUAUGCAUAUGGAAUGCCGCAUAAAACCUUUCGUGAAUUUUCUUCUGAGUUUGAAGGCCUAAAUAGUUCAAAUCAUGAUGAAUCAAUGAAGAAAAAUUUGGCUAUGGAGAAAAAGAUUGUUGAGCUAUCUAGCCAAGCCGAAGAAUCACGGGCUAGGGAAAGGCGGUUGGAAUUACAGUUUGCGGGUCUUAAGGCUCAAUUCGAUGCAUUACUUGCCUCAGGAGGGAUUCCCCCUUGUUCUGGUGAUGUCACUUUCCCUCCUCGACCUCCUCAAUCUCAACCUACUCAAUAUCCAAUGUAUGGUCAACAAAGAAAUAUGACUCAUGAGACUAGUAGUGAUGAAGAAAGUGAUGAAGAAAGUGAUGAUUAUGUGGCAAACACACUACCACAUUAGUGUAGUUUAGACUUGUGAUAGUUAACUUAUGGAUCAUUUUGUUAACUUUAUAAUUUUGUGAUGGGAAUUAUUUGUUUUGUGAAUACAUGAUAACGUUGGAAUGUAUUAUAUAACUUAUGGAUAUCAUGGUUUUUGUUUAAUAUAUAAUUAUGUUGAAGUGA